AUGCCCAUUGUUCACCUUCUACUCCCAAACAACAUCUCGCUUGAGCAAUUCCAACAACUAUUAGGCAGAUAUGAGUCUUUAAUUGAGUCGAUAUCGUCAGCUAAAGGGGCCAAGCCCGGCCAAAAGACUCUGCUGGAGCUGGAGCAAUUCAGAUACCGUGAUGCCGUCACCGCAUAUGGCUCAGAGGGGUCAAAGAGCACAAUGGCUCUUAACGACGUUAAAACCUUGGUUGAUUGGAAGCUGCGCCAUGGCAAAUUCCGCCCGACCCUCAUGAAACUCGUUUCCUCAAAUGACGAUGCACUUGUCGAGCGCAUUAUUCGGGAAGCGGUAGAAGAGUAUCGAACCAGUUUAGAUACGUCUAAAGCAGUACGCACCAUCACGAAUCUGAAAGGGAUUGGCCCUGCUACAGCAUCCCUUUUGCUCUCGGUGCAUGACUCCCAUGGUGUCAUCUUCUUCUCGGACGAAGUAUUCUAUUGGCUAUGUUGUAAUGGACAGAAGUCUCCCAUCAAGUACAACGCCAAAGAGUACCAGGAGUUAAGCACUACAGCUCAGGUGCUAGCCAAACGGCUAGGGGUUGAUGCUGUUGAUGUCGAGAAAGUGGCUUAUGUAUUAAUAAAUGAGGGAGCAUCAGAUGCGACGUCCGGGGAUGCAAAGACUACUUCCCCGUCCGACGUCAAACCUGCACAGGUGGAUUCAUCAAGGAAACCGGCGAAGAGGAAGAGUAAUAUCUCCAACGACGCCACGGAUCUCGACUUAUCUCUACCAGACUUGGAUCCUAUUCCGCUUCCCGAACGAUUCGCUAAUAUCAAGCGGAAAUUGAUUGCUGGCAACGAGAAAGCAGUUGCCGAUUCAUUCUAUCGUCUUCUUGGUCGGUUGAGGAAAGAGGCAGAGCGUAUCGUAGCCACUAAGUCCGAUAUAAUACCGUCGAUUGACUACCUAGAUAUAUAUGAUCUAGCUAAGGUAGCCAUUUUCCGGGACGCACUAAAGGAGAGAGGCGUUGCUAUCAUACGAAGGGUUGUCCCAUCGAACGUAGCCGUAUCAUGGAAGGAGGAGACGCAGGAGUACCAAAGGCAUAACCCGCCUAUCAAAGGCAUCCCGCGUCAUGAUCCGCAACUAUACGAGUUAUUCUGGAGUCCGGGGCAAGUUCGGGCUCGUGCCGACUCACGGCUACUCGAAGUACAGAGAUUUAUCAUGAGAGUGUGGCAUUCGAAUAAUGAGGAGGCCCUCGUGAGUAGCAACCACGCGGUAGCCUACGCAGACCGCAUUAGAAUGCGGAAACCCGGCGAUACUUUUCUCGCAUCUGGCCCACAUAUAGAUAAUGGGAGCGUAGAAAGGUGGGAGGCGGACGGCUACGGACGUGCAGGCGUCUACGCCAAAAUCUUCCAAGGGCGAUGGGAAGAAUACGACCCCUGGGAUAGCGGCGCCCGCCUUCGUGUAACUUCAGACCUCUACAACGGCGCCGGUUCGUGUAGUAUGUUUCGAAUGUUCCAAGGCUGGCUUUCACUAUCCUCGAUCCCACCUGGCGGCGGCUCCCUCCUCGCCUGCCCCAUGCUCCAACUCACAACCGCAUAUCUUCUCCUCCGCCCCUUCUUCUCCCCACGCCUCAAGUCAGGCCCAAACUUCCUCCACGAGGAUAACUGGAAGCUGCACGUGGCACAGAACAGCGUUAUCCAGGGUGCCGUGCCAGGGAGCGGGAUUCAGGAACUGAGCGAUGCUCUACACCCGCAUCUAAGACUAAAUAAGACGAUGGUGUCGAUUCCACACGUCGAGCCCGGCGACUACGUGCUGUGGCAUCCAGACGCUGUACAUGCGCCCGACGCCAUCCACGCCGGGGUAUCAGACUCCAGCGUGCUGUACGUCCCUGCGUGUCCAUUAACGCAGACCAACGCAUUGUAUCUGGCACGGCAGCGCAAGGCGUUCCUCCUCGGCGACCCGGCGCCCGACUUCGAGAGCGGCGGACGUCGCGGUGAGCGCGAGUACAUGGGCCGACCCGGGGUCCAGGACGUCAACGACGCGGGCGGAGAGGAGGGCCUCAGGUCUAUGGGUAUGUUGCCGUGGGACGAGAAGGCAGGCUGUGUGGAUAGAGCCGAGGCGGAGUUGUUGAGGCUGGCGAAUGGGAUAUUGUUCCCGGAUCGCUAUGAUAUGAUGGCGAGGAGGGGGGCUAAGAGGCUUUGA